UAAAACCCAAAAACAAAAAUCUAAAUUUCAAGAAAUUCACUCUCAUUUCUUGAAUCCAUGGCCUCUUUCACAUUCAUCUCUAAAUCGUGUUGUUGAAAGGAGAAACUUUGCUACAACUUCAAGGUAUAUUUUAGUGAAUCAAGUAAUGGGUUGUGAAAAAAUUCAAGUUUGUAUUAUUAUAUUUUUGUGGUCAUGCAUUAGUCCAGUUGUUUAUAGUGCUACGCACCCUGGUGAUCUUGCAAUUCUGAAUGAUUUUAGAAAUGGUUUAGAGAAUUCAGAGCUUUUGGAGUGGCCAGAGAAGGGUGAUGACCCUUGUGGCCCUCCUUUGUGGCCUCAUGUGUUUUGUGCUGAUGGUAGAGUCACCCAGAUUCAGGUUCAAAAUAUGGGCUUGAAAGGACCUUUACCUAAGAACUUUAAUCAGCUCGUAAAGUUGCAAAAUUUGGGUCUGCAGAGGAAUAAGUUGAAUGGUACAUUGCCUAGUUUUAGUGGUUUGUCGGAAUUGGAAUAUGCUUUUUUGGAUUUUAAUGAAUUUGGUGGGAUCCCUUCGGAUUUUUUUCAUGGUCUUGGUAGUGUGAGGGUUCUUGCUUUGGAUGAAAAUCCGUUUAAUGUAAGUAGUGGUUGGUCUAUACCUGAUGAGCUGCAGGAGUCUGCUCAGUUGUUGAAUUUUUCUUGCUCUGGUUGUAAUGUGGUUGGACCUUUGCCGGAUUUUUUUGGAAAAAUGUCUUCAUUGUCUUUACUGAGACUGGCGUCUAAUAGAAUAACUGGUAGUAUACCGGAGAGCUUUCGUGAUUCAAUGUUACAGAUUUUGUGGUUGAAUAAUCAAGGUGAUGGGGGAAUGACUGGCACGAUUGAUGUCAUUGGUUCGAUGACAGGAUUGACAGAGGUAUGGCUUCAUGGUAAUCAGUUUUCUGGGAGUAUUCCUGAUAGUAUUGGGGAUCUAACAUCUUUGCAGCAACUUAAUCUCAAUGGAAAUAAACUUGUUGGUUUGAUUCCGCCAGGUUUGGCCAAUUUAAGCCUACAAUCAUUGAUUUUAGACAACAAUAUGCUGAUGGGUCCGAUCCCAAAAUUUAAAGCUGCUAAUGUUACGUAUACUUCAAAUUCAUUCUGUCAGUCUGAUCCUGGUGAGCAAUGUUCUCCUACCGUUAAUGUAUUAAUAGAUUUUCUAGGUGCUUUUGGCUUCCCACAAAAUCUGGCUUCUCAAUGGACAGGUAAUGAUCCAUGCCAACAGCCAUGGUUUGGGAUUGUAUGCAACUCAGAUUCCCAAGUUUCUGCUAUAAAUUUGCGAGGCCUCAAUCUGAGUGGCACACUAAGUCCUUCACUUGCAAACCUAGAUUCUCUACUUGAAAUUCACCUAGAUAGGAAUAAUCUGAGUGGUUUAGUUCCAAUGAAUCUAGCACAAUUAAAAGCCUUGCGGUUGUUAGAUAUAAAAGAAAACAAUUUUGCACCUCCAUUACCAAAGUUUCAUGAUACUGUGAAGGUCAUAGUAGAUGGCAAUCCUCAAUUGGUAGCUGCAAUGGGCGGACCUCCAGUGCCAACUACUUCCCCAUUACCACCGAUCAACAGUCCAAAGGUAAGUCCAGUAACACCAUCAAGUAGUUCCUCGGCCGGCAGGGGUGAUUCACCAGUACCAGACAGCCCACCUUCAUCAUCCAAAGGUUCAAUUUUUGACUCGCCUAGAUCUUACAAUGAGCACACAGAAGCAAACAAAGGCAAGAGCCUUAAGUCAAUUUUUGUUCUUGCUAUAACUGCAUCUUCUGUAACUCUAAUUGUUCUUUUAGCUCUUUUCUAUGUAUAUUGUUGUAAGAAACGUAAAGAGUCUAAGAAAGCUCCCGGUGCAUAUAUUGCCCACCCUAGAGAUAUAUCUGGUCCCGAUAACAUGGUUAAGAUUACAGUUUCUAGUGAUAUCGAUGGAUUCGAUCAAACCAUGACUGAUUCUCAGCAUAGAGUAAACGGUGGAAUGCGAAAUACCCAUGUGACUGAGGAGGGAAAUGCAAUCAUCUCAGUUCAGGUCCUUCGCAAGGUAACCAAGAAUUUUUCACCAGAAAAUGAACUUGGGCGUGGAGGUUUUGGAGCAGUAUAUAAGGGUGAGCUAGAAGAUGGAACCAAAUUGGCAGUUAAAAGAAUGGAAGCUGGGGUAGUCAGUAACAAAGCUGUGGAUGAAUUUCAGGCUGAAAUUGGUGUUCUCUCUAAGGUUCGACACAGGCAUCUAGUUUCGCUUCUUGGGUAUUCUGUUGAAGGGAAUGAGAGACUUUUGGUUUAUGAAUAUAUGCCUCAAGGGGCACUGAGUAUGCAUCUAUUUCGUUGGAAGAAGUUAAACCUACAACCUCUAUCCUGGGCAAAAAGACUUACUAUUGCUUUAGAUGUUGCCAGAGGGAUGGAGUACCUCCAUAAACUGGCACGUCAGAGCUUUAUACACCGAGAUCUUAAAUCAUCAAAUAUUCUUCUAGGGGAUGACUUUAGAGCCAAAGUGUCUGACUUUGGGUUGGUGAAACUUGCUCCUGAUCAAGAAAGGUCUAUUGCAACCAGGCUUGCUGGGACGUUUGGAUAUCUUGCACCUGAAUAUGCUGUGACAGGAAAAAUAACAACCAAAGCCGAUGUGUUCAGUUUUGGAGUGGUACUAAUGGAACUUUUAACUGGAUUAAUGGCCCUCGACGAACGUCGUUCUGAGGAAACCAGGUAUUUAGCUGAGUGGUUUUUACAGAUAAAAUCGGACAAGAAGAAGCUAAUUGAUGCUGUCGACCCUGCUUUAGAUGAAAAGGAAGAGAAUUCCGAUGGCAUUUCCAUUGUAGCUGACCUAGCUGGGCACUGCACUGCUAGGGAUCCAAGUCAUCGGCCUGAAAUGGGACAUGCAGUGAAUGUGCUGGGCCAAUUGGUUGAAAAGUGGCAACCAUAUGAUCAAGAAACGGAGGACUAUUCUGGCAUAGAUUAUAGUCUACCUCUUAGACAGAUGAUGAAGGAGUGGAUGGAAUCUGAAACCACAGAUUUCAAGAACUCUAAUCUACAGGAUAGCACCGGGAGUAUUCCGAACAGGCCAGCUGGAUUUGCAGACUCCUUUACUUCUGCCGAUGCCCGAUAGUGAUUUUGUAUGACGCCAUGCUUUCUUUAUCUUUUAAAAAAAAAACAAUACUUCAAAGUCUACAGCACAAAGUUUCUGUUUUCUGCUGCGUCUGCAUUACAAUAGAUUGUGAUACU